UUGCGGCUACGCUCGGAACGCGUGUUUCAGUCGAGACGCGGACUCCGUUCCAUGCUUUUCCUCUUUGCUCGUUCCGCUCGAAACGCGAUUUCGUUUCUGGAAAAUUGACCCACUUCGACGAGUCAUUUUUCCUUGGAAGCUGAUUUCACGAUUUGUAGAAUUCGAGCGAGGAGAGUAAGAUCGAUCCUAAGAUGACCGAUCAACCAGGAGGCAAAGGACCCCCCAGUGCCAUUAUGCUAGCUUUUUCAGCUCUCACACACUUUCUUUUAGUAGCCCCAGUGAUAUAUAUCCUGGUUUUGGCUUUCGGACAUUACAGCUUCUUCGCUUGGCAUCCAAUUUGCAUGAGCGUCGGAGUUGGUCUUCUGAUAACCGAGGCGGUGUUCAGCAUUUCCGGUGAUGCGUACGUCAGUUACAAGUUGUCCCGAAUGAACAGGGUGACUAUGCACUGGAUCCUCCACACAACAGGGCUGGCAUUAGUGUUGAUCGGAUUAAUUAUCAUCGUGGUGAACAAGAUCAACAACAAUAAGCAUCAUUUUGCUACGCCCCACUCGGUACUCGGUUUGGUCACCAUCAUCAUCUCCUUCCUGGUCGCUGCUUUCGGGAUCGUCACCAAUAACUCCAAGUGGCUUUAUCCUCGUUUCAGACCUGUCCUUCUGAAAGUGUUACACGCUUUCGGUGGUAUCGUAGUAACGAUACUUUUAUUAGCUACCUUGAUCACAGGGACGUACACUUUGUGGUGGCCCGGAAGCGACACCGGAAGGAGCCUGGUGUUCUCCUCCUUCUUUAUCGCUGGUUUCUUCAUAUUGUUGAAACCAAUUCUGGGGGCUGUGUCCAGAAGUAAGGUGAUCUUAGCACCACCACCUACCACCACGUAAUCUAUAAACGAGAUGCAGUAGGGUUGGACUGCGACCAAGUUGACGAGAUUGAAAAAUAUGCAACAUGUGGUGUUUGAUACAGGUGUGAAUUUGGAUCAUUGUUGAAAGUGUAAAAUGUUGUUGUGUUGUACUGUAUUGCAUGAUACGGGGUGGUAUGUAGAGUAAUACUAUGGUAAUAGUAUUUCCGUAGUAUUAUUGUACUAUACUAUAUUAAUGGUAAUAUAGCGUACCGCAUUGUACAGUAUAGUAUAAUACGAUAUAAAGCUCUAGCAAUGUCAAAAGUAAUACAUAGCAUUUUUGACAUGCUUACUUUGCAUCAAAAUAUUUUCAGUGGAAAAUCGAGAAAGUGCAUAAAAAGUUUCAUUUUUUUAUACAAAAAGGUUUAGUAGUCUAUUUAGAAUUCAAGCAUUCCGUCCACCUUCUGAAUUUUUUGUAUGAUACUUAAACUACUCGUUUCUUCUCAACUUUGCCGAAAAACAGUGUUCAAUAUAUUUUUACACAGUUUAUUGCUGAUCACGAAGCUUUAUCGAGAUGUAAAUACAAGGAGAUUUAAUUGUAAUUUACUCAGUGUGAGUUAAGUAAUCGAGGAGGAACUAAUAUUAUUGCCUAUAAUUAAAAUCAAGGGUCAGUUUUAUAAUCAAUAAUCAUCAGAGAUUCAUCUUUUAUAUAUUCUACCAUCACUGUGUUCAUUUGAACUAUCAGUAUAUCACAGAAACUCGAUGCAAUUGUUGCAAGGAAACAUUUCUAAAAUCAUCGACAGCAUAUCUUUAGAUUAAAAUAAUUCUUUUAUUUAUAAGGAGAAACUUUGACCAAAAAAUAAAGUAUAAUUUAAUAUUAAUUUUAAUCUGUUUGAACGUGUAGAUGAUUAUCAAAUAAAUGGAAAGAACAGAGAA